CUGGGGGUUAACCAGACCCACGCGAAAGAGGAAGAGAGAAGCGGCCGAGCAGCAAGGAGGCGGGAGCGGAGGCCGGGCAGUGGCUGGGGAGAGGGGGCGAGCGAGCCUAGAGGCGGAGCUGCCGAGCCAGCUGCCGCCGCCGCCUUACGCUGCCCGCCUGGCUCCGGCUCAGACACCCGGCAUCAGCCCGGCUGCCCCGGCGUCCCGAGCCGAGCCUCCCCGAUCGCGCUCCGGCUCCAGCCCCGCAGCGAUGCAGGCGCUGGCCCUGGCGCUCUGUGCUCUGCAGCUGUGCCCAGCUGUGCUGGGCGGCCGGUGGGGGCAGCCCUUCCAGGUGGAGAGGCCUCAGUCCAGGCGGCUGAGCAAGCUUGGUGGCUUCUCGUGGAAGAACUGUGGCAAUGGGACCGAUCCCUUUGUGAUUAAGAGUCUGUCCGUAGCUCCGGACCCGAUCCACAUCCCCGGGAACCUGAAAGUCAGCGUGGAGGUUUCCAGUAAAGCUGACAUCGGCUCACCUCUGAAGGCAGUGUUUACCGUGGAAAAGAAGAUAGUUGACAUAUGGAUAAAGAUCCCCUGCGUGGAUGAGAUCGGGAGCUGCACAUAUGAUGGCCUUUGUGGAAUCCUGGACAACGUCAUCCCCCCUGGAUCACCAUGCCCUGAGCCUCUGCUCAGCUACGGCAUCCCCUGCCACUGCCCCUUCAAACAGGGCUCUUACUCCCUGCCAUCCAGUGAGUUCUACUUGCCCAUCAUACAGUUGCCCUCCUGGCUGACUAAUGGCGACUACAGCGUCCAGGUUGUCCUGAGCAGCAGUGCCAAGCAGCUCGCCUGUGUCCAGGUGACCUUGUCCCUCCAUUCUGAGUGAGGCUGGCCAGCCCUGCCCAACCACGAGCCCACCCCUCUGCUGCAGACUGCUGCAUUUCCUUUCACUUCUCUCUGGCAGAGAGACACAUCGGAGCCUGUUGGCAGCUCUCUUCCUCUUUCCGCUGCCUCUUGCUGCCGCCUGCUCUCACACAACUGCUGCUUGCCCUUUCCCGCCUCUAUUCGCCCUUCUCUCACUCAGAAAAAGGGCCAACGAGAGGGGGGAUGGUGGGGUGAGGCCUUUGUCUUCUGUGCAGGGUGGAUUUAGAGGUGGGCAAGGUUGGCAGAUGGGUUGGGUCCCUCCUGAUCCUGAUUCAAAGCCUGUCGAAGUCAACAGGAGCCUUUCCAAGGGUCCAGCUCCUAGCAAGGAGACUUGAGUCUUUGUCGCAGUCCCUACAAUUGCAGCCCCACUUGUUGCGUUUCCCAGCGGGGCUUAGAUCCUUUCCCUCCACCCCUCUCCUGGUCCUGGUCGGCUGCGCACCAUUCACCAUGCCAGCUUUGGGCUGAUCCCCUGAAGUCAAUAGACCCCUCCGUUGAUUUCAGGCCCGUAGGGAGGCACUCAGCACUAAAAAGAACUGUUCAUCACAGUUGUGUUUGAUUCCCAGCUGCGCUUUGCUGGGGAACGCCCUGCAUUGCAGCACUGUGUGCUGGAUGGCCGUAUGGGUCUCUUCUGCCCCAGACUUCUCUGAUCCUAGGAAAUAUCAGGUUAAACUGCUCGCUUGGGUCCAACGCUGAGUCUUUCCGUCAUAUCGUAGUGGUGGCUCCAGCUUUCUGGAGCUGCGUUCCAGGCCAGAAUGUCCCCUGUGCGCACUGUCGCCUUGAGAGAGUUGUAUCACUGUGCUACAAACCAGCCUGGGAUGGGGGGUCUAGUUUGAUUACUUCCCCACAUAUGUAAUGAAAUUGCAUUUUUCAUGUUGCUUAAUGCCUCCUUCUCCCCCCAUCCAGUCAGUAACAAUGGGAGGGCCCGGUAGCCCUCCAGCUGACUGGUGUAAACAAAAUGAGGUAUCAUAAUAUUCCACCCAUUGAGUGGCCUAGUUAACUCUACCAUCCCAGGGGGUUUUGCCAUCUGUUGGCUGGGGUGUGGGGCUGUUUUUGUUUGUCUGGGUUUUUUUUAAA